AUGGCAGAACUACAAAUAACUUCUAAUGAUAAAAAACUUACCAUGGGGGAGGUUGUCGGUGGUACAACCUCGGCAAAGUGGUGUUCCCGCCUACACUCGAAUUGGUUCUCACAUGUUAAAUCAAGGGUGUUAAACAACCAAAAAGACAAUAUGGUGACAGUGCCAUCACAACAAGAGGGUGGGUCCGAAACCGGUGAUAAUUGUGAAGCUCAUGCCCCUAUUUUAUAUGAUUGUGUCGUGUGUCUUUGUGAAGUAGCGCCAGAAGAUAGUGGGUCCAAAAGGCUCACCAACUGUGAGCAUGGAGUCCAGUUCCAUGAUGGGUGCAUUGAAUCAUGGUUAAAGGACCAUCCAACAUGUCCCUUGUGUCGGAGUCAUGUUUCUCGACCGGUUCAUCUCCGGCUAAAGGCAUACUUGUUAAAGCUCGGGCGUGAUAUGGUCUGCUACUACAACAAUGCUCUUGACAAUGUGGCUACGUCCAUUGGAGAGUGUGACGAGUCCUAA